GGGGGCAGUAGUGCUCAGCGCAAACUGGAGAGCAGCAGAUGGAGAAGCUCGGUGAUCGACUAUUUGAGUCUGAGCGGUUUCGUGGUCGAAGUCCAACAGACGAGUCGAAAAACAAGGAUGUAAAGUGAACGAUGUUUCACACACAAGCAUGACAGCCUCGUACACUUCAUUUGUUUUUUGACAACACUGUGACCUUGUGUCAGUGUCAGACAUGCAGCACUCUGUCGACUGCCUUGUUGAGUUUUUAGAGUCCUACAGGGGAAGAGAUAAAGUCAUCAGGACGCUCUGCUAUGGCUCGCAGCUGGUCGGAGGCAUUCUUUCACGCAAGGCAGAUGCAGAUGCUUCGUCCCCCAACCUUGGAAAAAGUCUGCUUCUGUUUUCUGCUCAGCUAAGCCACUGCAGGACGGUGCUGAGGCUGCUUGAUGAUCUGUCCAUGCUGGCUUAUUCCCACAGUUAUGGAUUUGGAGCUAAGGAGAAAGAUGGAAUCGUUCGCUGCAUAUCAGUGCUUGCGAAUGUGGCUGACCAGCUCUACUACCCGUGUGAACACGUGGCCUGGGCCGCUGAUGCUCACCUCGUUCGAGUGAAGUCUGACAGAUGGUGGCUGUUCGGCACGGUGCUGUGGGGAACCUCGCUGCUGCUGGGGAUCCUUAGGUCACUCCGUGUUAUGAUGCUGCUCAAGAGGAAGCUUAGUAAAUGUGACGAAGAUGGAAGCAGCCGCUGUCAGAUCCAUAGGCAGAUGCAAGCAGAGCUGCUUUCGAUCCUCGGAUGUAUGACAGACCUCGGUAAUGCCAUCCACUGGAUGCCACAUGGUUUCCUGUGGGCAGGACAAUUCCCUGCAUGGCUAGUGGGACUGAUGGGUACUAUCUCCUCUCUCGUUGGUUUGAUCGAAACGAAAGCAGGAGACUAUGAUGAAAAAGGCCGUACUGAGUAAUGGACGCUUUGAGCAACACUGCACAAAAUAUAGCAAUUAUCUUAGAUGUGAUCUAUUAAUUUUCCAUCCACCCAUUCAUCCAUUUCCUUCCGCUUAUCCGGGGCCAGGUCGCAGGGGCAUCAGCUUACGCAAGGAAGCCCAGACCUCCCUUUCAUCAGCCACUAUGUCCAGCUCUUCCGGGCGAUCCCAAGGUGUUCGUAGGCCAGCCGGUAGACAGUCUCUCCAGUGUGUCCUGGGUUGUCCCCAGGGCCUCACAGUUCUGAGGACUGGGGUUCAAUCCCCGGCCCCGCCUGUGCUGAUUUUGCAUGUUCUCCCCAUGCCUCCGGUUUCCUCCCACAUCCCAAAAACAUGCAUGCUAGGUUGAUUGAAGACUCUAAAUUGCCGGCAGGUGUGAAUGUGAGUGUGAAUGGUUGUUUGUUUAUAUGUGCGCUGGCAACCAGUUCAGGGUGUACCAAAUGGCUCAUUUUUGACAUACCAACAAUUUAUUUUUAAAUAUGGAACUAUUUCUCUUAGUGAAUUUAAUAUUGUUAUACAUGUUAUAUCUACUAGAGUAAUUAUGGUAUUUAAAAGUUUGGCAGGUCAGACCCCGAGUUUAGAAUAUGAUCUAUUGAUCCAACCAAAACUGAAAUUGGUGAGAUUUGUUUCUCUUUAAGACGCAACAAUAAUCGUAAUUUACGCAUAUUACCGUAUUUUCACGACCAUAGAGCGCACCGUAUUAAAAGACCCAGUCUCAGUUUCGGGGUCUAUUUCUGUAUUUAACACAUACAUAAGGUGCACCGUAUUAUUGGAUGCAGGCAUGGUAAAACAUGCGCUAGCUUAAAACAUACGGUAGCAUGCAUGCACGCUAAAGCAAUGUUUUUAAAACGGCAGCGGAAGCAAAACUGAGUUAAUACAUGUCGAUACACUUAAUCCUCAUCCACAAAUCCAUCAAAGUCCUCAUCUUCUGUAUCCGAAAUGAACAGCUGAGCAAGUUCUCCAACAAACACGGGGUGGUUCCCUCUCGUCAUUGUCAGAGUCAGUCUCGUUGCCGGGGGGCUGUUCAGCAAUGAUGUCGGCUUUCGCGAAAGCUCAGACAACAGUCAAAGCAGAUACCUUAGCCCAGGCAUCCACAAUCCAUUCACAUAUGGUGGCGUAACUCGCCCGGCGUUGCCUCCCAGUCUUAGUUCCACUUGGUUUUUCACAGCAGCUUGGGGCGUGUCUUUAGCGUCCUCUAUCACACGCACCCUUCCCCCUUUACGUCCUCAGUCACGUCCGCCUUCCUCUACAUAAGUAGCGUGUCGGCAGGAAAUGCUCCCAGUUAGUCAAGCGGAACGCUCAUUAAAGUCACACAACAACAUUUACAGAUUUUGGCACACAUAAGGUGUGUCGCAUUAUAAGGCGCCCCGUCCAUUUUGGAGAAAAUUUAACACUUUUAAGUGCGCCAUAUGGUCGUGAAAAUACGGUAUUUCAAAAAGAUGUUGCAUCAAUUCCGUACAUAGUUAAUUAUUGGAAUAAUCUUGAUAAUCUUAAUUUACCUGCAAAAGAUUUGAUGAACAAUAAAGUGAAAGAAGUAUCCUUUAAAAUAAUUCACAGGUUUUACCCAUGUAAACAUUUUCUACAACAGUUCAUAAAAGACAUUGAUAUUAAUUGCUGUUUUUGUGAAGGAUCCCCUGAAAAUAUUUUUCAUUUAUUUUGGAAUUGCCCACACUCUGCCCAAUUAUGGAAAGAUAUUUAUAAUUUGAUAGUACUCUGUAUAGAACCAAAUCUUUCUCUUUGCUUUGAGCAUAUAUUGUUUGGCUUCAUCAACUAUGCACCUAUGAGCAAAAAAAGCAAUUUUAUAUUAAUCUCAUUAUACUGUUGGCUAAAUGGCAUAUUCAUACAUGUCGAUACACUAAUCAAAAACCACUGUUUUACAUUUAUGAAAAUGAAGUCAAGCAAUAUAUUAGCUCCAUUAGACACUCCACGCAUGUGUAAACACAUGAUACUUUGGAGUUAUGUGCUCGAUAUACUUUAUUUCUGUAAUGAGACUGUGAUGAUGUUUUCUGUGAUGAUGUUUUCCCGUGUUUCUCUUUCACCCCCUGGCGACUGAGUUUGUAUGUUUUGUGUUCCUAUAUAAAACCUUCAGUUAAAAAAAAAAAUGGCGAGCGCCUAAAAAGUGACCUCAUUGGGUAGCGCCUUUUUAGUGGCUGCUGCUUGGAGACAUUUCACGGCGACCCACAGCAAGUCAAUUAACAUGAGAAAUGAUUCCCACCAGCUACCCAGCCAGCUCCCCUCCCCCCCGCCCCCCCCCUCUCUCUCUCUCUCUCUCUCUCUCUCUCUCUCUCUCUCUCUCUCUCUCUCUCUCUCUCUCCUCCCUCUUUCCUCUCUCUUGUGUCUCCCCAUUUCCGGCUCAUGUCAGUAUGCAUCAGACAGGGCAGCGUCGUGUUUGGAUCUUGUCGCGGAAAGUAAAAACGGCUACCGGAAAUGGGACAAAUAAGUGCAGAGGAAACUCCACCCUGUGGUGUCCUAUCCAAUACCAGCCGUAGCGACACCCCCGACUUGGAGGAGAACUGCAGCACACUUUCAAAACAGCGCGCGUGGGACAGCCGCAGUGACGUCAGCGCGUUCGCCCUCCACGCGUGUAUAAAGAAGCCUUCACAGUUCUGGGGACGGGGGUUCAAAUCCGGCCUCACCUGUGUGGAGUUUGCAUGUUCUCCCCGUACCUUGAUGACUAUAAGCUCCCUGUAAGUAAAACAGGUUGUCCCUCAUCAGCAGCAGGCGUAGACCUCCAGCGUGGAGCAGUCAGCGCGAGAGCCCUCCCACGCCUUAAAGCGGAAGAACGCUAGUGCAAUCAGGAGGGGAAUUAACAUCAAAUAAUUGAGGACGGAAUGGAGGUCACAAAGUGGGACAGUGAACCUCAGUAUUCGCAGCUUCAUCAUGAUCAAAACAUCCAUCAGCUGCUGGCUCGCAAAAAUGAGUUUCUUCCUGAACAGCAGGCAUGGACCUUCAGUGUAAAGCAGGAGGUGCCAGACCCCCAACACAUUCACAUUAAAGAAAAGAACGACCUCCGUUCCUUUCAAAGGGAAGAGCAGCUUCAAGCACCGGAGGAAGCUGAUAUUGCAAAGUGCUCCUCAACUCUUGUGAAGCGGGAAUGUGGACCUCCACAAUCACAGUUUCAUCACAGUGAAAAAGAAAAGAAAAGAAAGGUGGAACCUGUAACCAGUAUCUUAAAAACUGAAACUGAUGGAAACCACAGGAGUGGAUUAGAGUUAGACAGCCACUCGGGUCCACUUCCGCAAGUAGAUGAAGACGCAGACUCGGACUCUUCUGAGAGUGAUGUCGACGACAAACCUUUGAAGAGCAAAAGAGACACUAACGGUGACCCUUACAACACACAGUACAAAAUUUUCUGUCGCGUUUGCUUUCAAAGAUUCAGAUUAUGGAAACAUUUGAGAAAACAUAUGGGGACGCAUGUGAAAACACACAAAACACAAAAAGGGGAAAAAACAUUUGCCUGCUCAUUUUGUGGUAAAAAUUCCUCAAAUAGGAAAGCACUCUCACUGCAUGUGAGAAUACAUGCUGUAGAAAAGGAAUUUUCCUGUUCAGAUUGUGGUAGAGGUUUCACUCGUAAUCAGCAAUUGACCAACCACAUGAAAGUCCACACUGGAGAAAAACCUUUUCCCUGCUCAGUUUGUGGAAAAAGAUUUUCAUCCAAGGGCAACUUUGCAAUACACAUGAGAACACACACUGGAGAAAAACCGUUUUCAUGUUCUGUUUGCAGUAAAAGAUUUUCAUCUCAGACUGGUGUACAAAUACAUAGGCAAACACACACUAGAGAGAAACACUUUUUUUGCUCAGUUUGUGCGGAAGGUUUCACUCGAAUAGGCAAUUUACAGAGACAUAUGAGAACACACACUGGAGAAAGACCCUUUGUCUGCGCAGUUUGUGAUUCAAAAUUUGUUCAAAAAGAACAUUUGGUGGCACAUGUAAGCAGAAUACACGCUGGUGGGAAAUCGCUCAGCUGUGGCGUGUGUUACAAAAGAUUCUCUCAUCAGCAAGAAGCUGACAAG